CUUUUUUUUUUUAAAUAAUCAAUGAUUUAUUUAUUUACUUUUUUUAAUUAAAAUAUAAUAUGAUUAUUAUGAUUAUUUGGGUGCAUUGUUUUACUGAGAAUUCGACGCCAUUGAUAUGUAUGUAAUACAUACAACCAUACAUACAUAGUCAGACAUAUACACAAGUAUACGAGAGGAGGACGAUUAUCCAGCGUUAUGUAGAGCCGUUCCGUUAUAUAUCGUGAUAACUCGCGCGCGGACAUGGUGAGGGCUUGCUUGCUUGGUUGCUUAUACUUGCUUGGGUAUAUUAUAUUAUAUGCGCGCACAUACCAAACACACAGAUGAGGUAAAAAAAUAAUAAAAGGCUCCCUAAUGCAAAACAAAGACAACAAAUUAUUAAAAGUUUAAGUAGGGACAGAGGUAAAGAGUCUCUUAUUAUUAUUCAACAACAAAAACAAGAACAAAGAACAGAUAGAGUACGUAUGUUGUUGCUGUUGCUAAAAAAUUAUUUGACAAUAUGUAACUCAUAUAUUUUGUAACGUCAUGAUAUUAACAAAUUGGAUAAAUAUCAUCAUAAAAUUAUUUAUAUAUCUUAAUAUAUUGUAUAUUUAUUUUAUUUUGAUGAUCGAUGAAUUUACUCAAGUGAAUACACCAUCUUUGACGUCACUUGUUAUCGUCAUAAAUAGUUAAAUACAUAUAUAAAAAAUCAAUUGCGACGCUUUUUAAAAUUACAUUUAAAUUUUAAACUUAAUUUUUAUUUUCUCGCAAUAUAAAUAUAAAUAUUUUGCAAAUAAACAUGUAUAUAACAUAAUAUUAUUUUAUUUUAUAAAUUUACUUCCUUUUGGCAUUCUUUUUGCUAUAGUACAAUUAAUAGCAAUUUAAAAAGACAAUAUUACGCAGAUUAUAGAUAUGAAUGGAAAAAAAAAAAAGAGAGAAAGAGAGGGAGCUUAUGCGUACUUAUCAAGUGACAAAACAAUCAAAGCUGUAAAUAUAUAUAGAAGAAGCUGUUUUAGACUAUAUCACAAAAAUUCAUAAUACUACGAGAUGACAAUAAUUUUGAGGUGGGGGAAAAAAAUGCUCUAGCAUGUGUUGUCGUCGUCAUCAUGAUGAUCAUAAUAGAGGCAGAGGGGAGAGGGUCAAGUUGUCGUCAUAGUGACGAUAUUUGGAUGAAGGGUGAGAUUAUAGCUAAAUAGACAAACUAAAGUGGGGAGUAUUGAUGUUUAUCGAUAAUAUUAAUUUGCCUUUUAUUUUUAAAUUUAUAUUAUUCCACUCAAUUUGCGUAAUUCGAAUUGCAUUUAUUUUUCACAGUGUACGAAUGAUUUAAUCAAGGAAGUUGGCUUUUUAUUGUUGUUAAUUUUUUUAGAUAAAUAUUUUUUUAUUAUUUAUAUAAAUAUGUAUAGCGAAGAGAUGGUAAAUUAGUAGUAGUAGUGGUGGUAGUGGUGCUUGUGUGAAAGUAAAGAAAGUGGACCGUGUACAAAUGUUUAUUUAUUUAUUUAUUUUUUAAAAUUAUUUUAUCUACUUGUUGUACAUACUCGUCAAAAUAAUAAGUCAUUGUAUUUUUAUUGCAACUGUAUACAUAGCCAUUUAUUGGUAUAUAUUUUAUUUUCAUCCGGUUAAUAUAUUUCUAUUCACAACAAGUAGAAAAUAUAAAAUUAUUAAUAUGACACUAUGUUUAUUAUAUACUUGAAAAAUUAAUUGUCACUAUACUGAUAUUGAAAAAAAAAUAAAAUAAAUGUUUUUAAAUAAACGAUAGUACUCAUUUACAUUAAAACCAUAUAAUAUACUUUUUUUAUUUUUCAAGUUUCUCUCUUAUUAUAUAUAUACAGACAAAUUAAACAAAUAAUCUAAAAAUAAUAACUACAUGAUCCCUAGAAUUUAUCUUAAAUAUAUAAAUAAACUUUGAAGAAGAGGAAAAAAAAAAAAAAGAAAAUCUUUAACAGUAAAAUCACGUGCCCUUGGCUGUUUUUUUUAUUUUCGUAAAUUUAACUGUCAAGUAAUGUCAUGUUGCGCACGCGUGACGCACCGUUCAUAUUAUCAUAAAAAAAAAAACUAAUAUAAUAUGUAAAAGGCAUGAUAUGUAUAAAGAGGCGUCACUUUAACGUAAUAAACAAUUAAAAUAAACUAAACGCACUGAAAGUUCAAACAAAACAAAAAAAAUAUCAUUUAAUUGUGUUUGAUUAUAUUGCGUGGAAUAUACAAAAGUAAAUUCAGUCAAAUGAAAAAUAAAUGUAUACUCAAUGGUGUGCAAGUAAUAAAUAAUAAUAAUAUAUAUGUUGCAGUAUGGUAUAGACAGGUGACUCUAUAACAAAGCCAUAUAAACCUCCUUUCCCUCUGCAAUUUUAUAUAUAUAAUUUUUUAUUUUUGAAUUUUAAUAUUUUGCGUAUUAAAAAUUCAACAUAUAGUAAAUUAGAGAAAAGGGACAACAAUAACCAGAAGCAUUAUAUUAUUAUUUGUAUAUAUUAUUAUAUAGUUGAAACUAGCAUAGGGAGAACGGACCAGCAAACUAAACCUACCAGAGAACGAAUCAGAAUCGACCGUAGGCUGCGGUUUUCUUUCUCCAAUAUUCCCAUGACCUCGUUAAAAUCGUUGCGCAUUUAAAUACAAGUGUGUAUGUGUGUGUGUGUCUAUGUUUAUAUAUUUAUUUAUUUAUUUAUUUAUUGAAAAAUGUAUUUUUGAUUAAACAUAACAAAAAAUAUGAUAAAAAAAAAAAAAGGGGAAUAAGUAAAUGAAUGGUCAGACAUAGUGAUCAGUUUGCUAUGAAUUUGAUAAUAUUAUACUUGCACACGUGUCAAUAUUAAAAAAUAUUAAUAAACAAAUAAAUAUAGUAGUAAUAGAUGGUAAAAUAGAAAAAGAGGAGGGGCUGCAGAUGAAAAAUAAUAGUAGAAAAAAAAAAAAAACAAAAAAAUGAGAUGACGCGGGUUGUUCUUGUUGGAAGUGAAAAAGCAAAGACAGUGUAAAUAUAAAAGGGGACAACAUCUGCUCUUAGCAUGAUUACCGUGUAUUGAUGUGGCUUUUAUGGAAUGUAGGAAGAACAUAAUCAUAAUGAUAAUAAUAAUAAUAAUCAAAGUGUGCGCGCGUUUGUCUAUAUAUAAAGAAAAAUUAUUAAAUAUAUUAUAUUGUUUUUUAAUUUUGAUUAAACAUUUAAUGUUUAUGUUAUUUUACAACGUCAUCAACACAUUUUUUUUUUUGUUUUUUACAUUUAAAAAAUAAUUAUAACAUGAAUUAAAGAAAAGAUAAAAAAAAUUAACUUAAAAUAUGUUUUCCUGGUUUUAAAAAUUGCAAGAAAAUAUAAAAAAAUAAAGCACAUAGUGCGAGAGAGAGAGGGGGGGAGGGGGAGGACUUGAAUACUAGAGGAUGCAGAUAAAUGAAAAAAGACAACACAAGGUUUUUUUUGAGAGACUGCCGACAUCGUCACACUGCACGUGCGCGCAACCAGAACUCUGGCACCUGCGUUGGAGUAAUUCAGUCUCCCCCCACUAUAUUCUCCUUCUCCUCCCUCUCUCUCUCUCUCUCUGACGGUAAAAUAUAUAUUUCAACUUGAUGGUCGAGGGUUUUGGUUCUGUUAACGACACUCAUCCAAUAAACAUAAAUACAAACAAUAUAAAAUUGUUAAUUAAAAACUAUAAAAAAACACAAAUAUAUACAUGUAUAUUUUUAAUUACAACUUUUUUUUAUUAUUAAAUAUAUAUAUUAUAUGUACGUCAAUUGAGAUAAAAAAAUAAUUCAACUAUUAUUAUUAUUAUUAUUUUUGAUUAUGAAAUAUUUAAUUAUACACACCGUUUCAUUGAAUUUAAAAUGAAGAAAAAAAAAAAAAAAAGUAUCUAUAUAAAUAGACGUAAUCUUAUCAAAUAUAAUUUUAGUCACCGGAAGAAUGAUAACGUUAUUUUAAAAAAGUAUAAUAUUUUAUAAAUGUCUUAAUUUUUUUACAAUAUUAAACUAGUUUGUGAUAUAUUAUAAUUUAAAUUUACUGUUUUUCUAUUGUAUUUCAUAUUUAUCACAACAAACAGCUUGUACUCAAUAUAAUAAUUGUAGAAAAUUUGUAAUUUUGUUUUUUUCAUUAUUAUUGUAUUUGAAAAAUAUAUGUUUAAACAUUGAAUAUACUUUAUUGAGUAUUUUGAAUGAUUGCAGCUCUUGGGAGAAAGUCGUUUGAAUGGUUACGGCCUAUUUAAUAACGACCCAAGAGACAUCAGAGCCACCUCACUUCUUUAUACACAAUAUACAAUUUUACAAACAUACAUCUAUUCUAAAUUUAACCAAUACCAAUUGCAAAUUACAAAAUUUAAUAAUAAUAAUAAUAAUAAUAAUAAUGAAAUCCAUUAAAAUUAAAAAAUGAAAUAUUUAAAUGUCUGACUAUUCGUUGACUUUUCUACUUGUAUAUAUAGUAUUUGGAGCUCUCUCGAAAUAUAAAAAUAAUGAUGAAAGACAACAAGUCAAGUAUAACAAAAGAAUAAAAAAUAUAAAAUAAUAUGUCUCAAAGAAACGGCAAAAAUCAUAACGGGGCGUACCUCUCUAUCACCAUAAAAAACGGUAUCGUGUCCCACAUGAAAUCAACUCUUUCCAAGCGUAUCUUUUUGUUUUUAAAUUUAAUAAUAUAAUAAGAGAAGAAAAAAAAAAAAAAAAAAAAAGUAUAUAAAUCAACAAAUUUAUAUACUGAUAAAAAGUAUGAAAUCAAAUGCCAAAGUCAGCAGAAUUAAUGUCACCUGAGCUACUAUACUCAGUGAAUUAUUAUAACGAUGCUCAAGUAAAAAAUAUUCAUAACGGAUUUAUUAUAUAUGCGAUGGAUUUUUGGAAUACUUUCGUUACCAAGCAGCUAUUAUUUUCAAUUGAUGCAUUAUAACAUCGAUAUUCAAGUACAAAUAAUAAGAAAAAAAAAAAAAAUUGUCAUACAAGUUUAAAAAUUGCACACCCACACGCAAAUGUAAAUACUAUAUAUAUAUGUACUGCACAGACAAGAUGAGACACGCGGUGGUGGCAGCAAACUCGCAUUCGAAGGCACACGAGUGCGUGACCUUGUCGUACACACACAGUGUGUCCUUGCCCGCGGCAAUAUUUAUUAUAAAAUAAAUAAAUAAUAUUGUCAAAAAUAAAUACAAUUAACUAUAGUGUUAAAUUUAAAAAGAAAAAAAAAAAAAAAAAGCUCAGCUUUAAAUUAAGUUAAAAUACAUGAGUUUUAUUUUUAAAUAUACAUAUGUAUUUAGUUAAUUUCCUCAAGCUUUUGUACAUGCAUUCCAUUCAAGGCCUCUCACUAACCAUGUCCGUUUAGUUAAAAAAAAAAAAAAUAUAUAUAUCUAUUUCUUAACUCUUAACAAACCUCCUCUUGUCCCUCGCAAUCACCACCACCACCACCACCACCAUCAUCAUCAUCUAUUUAAUGUUCUCCUCUUCCUCCUCCCACCCUCAGUGACCCUACCGUGCAAGAAUUAUACUACUCGACACUUUCUAUUUCGAUUUGUUUCGAUUGGUGCAAUAUGCGGAGACCGAUGACGACGAUGUUUCUUGGCCAUCUUGACUUGUUGCAAUUUACCCAACGUUUAUUUAACAUUUUUAUUAUAAAUAUAAAUAAAUAAAUAAUUGUUUUUAAUAAUUAUAUACGGCUAAUUAUUAUUAAUAAUAAAAAACUUAAAUAAUAUGUUUUAGAUUUCACGAUUUAUUUCUUUGUUCAUUUUUUUUUUUUUUUUUUGUUUCUUCAGCGUCCUGAAAGAAUAAUCUCGAUGAAUAUCGAAUUUUUAUUUUUAUUUGUUACCUAACUUGCCAGAUCCCGUCACUUUUUUUUCUUUUUUUUCUUUUUUUUACAAAGUAUAUGUACCCUUCUCUUGCAACUGUCUCUCUAUCUCUCUUUAUCUCUCUUCUCAUGGUGGAGAAAGUUUGCUAAGCAUGUAUAUGAGACCUCGAGCGUGAAAAUCGAAAAUUAUUUUCAGAAUGCGGGCCUUUGCUUUCUGUCACAUUUACUUUUUCUUUUUAAAAUUAUUUUUAUUAUUUCGAUUACGAGAUUUUAUUAUUUAUUACAUCAAGCUUUGUCUUUUAUUUUUUUUUAAAUGAAAAAAUACAAAUUACAAUCGUCAUUUUGUGUAUAUCAUCAAAAUAUAUAUACAAUAAUCAAUUUAAAAUAUAUUGUUUUGACUUUUGACAGACGCGUGUCCAUUGACAGGAAGUUUUUCAUCUAAAAUAAUUAAUUUUUUCCUCUUGGUUUUAACAUCCGGCAUGUAAAGUCUGGUAAAGUCUCCGGAUGCAUUCUUAUGUUGACAAAUGACGAUGACAAGACGAAAAAACUAAAAUUAAAAAAAAAAUAAAAUUUAAAGGGUCGUUUCAAAAAUCCUCAUGGCCUCUCAAAAAUUUUCCAUAUAAUUUCCCUUCAAUUCCACAAAAACUCUCAAAAAAUAUUUCAAUGAGGCCAGUGCGCCCUCGUUAUAUUACUCUUCUUUUUCUUCUUCAAGUUCUAUAAAUAUAUAUAUAUACUUGUAUAUACUUAUAUAUCCGCAAGCACAAAUACCGCAUAUACAUUCAUUAAAAGAAAAUAAAAAAAAAUAAAUUUCAUUUUUAAAAACAUUUUCUUCUAUUAUUGUUGUUGUUGUUGUAAUAAAAAUUACCGAGUGUAAUUAUUAUUUUUGAUUUUGGUGUUUCAUGCAUCGACUUUGGUGGAUCGAAGACGUUAAAAUGCGACUGGAAGAAGAUUUGGUAAUACGUAGAAGUAGACCAACAAUGAUAUCAGCAAAGUAUCGUGCACGUGAAGAACGCAGACGUUUAUUAAAAAUAUCUGCUGGUAAAUUACGACGUAUUGAAGAUCCAGAAGCAAGUUUAUGUCGUUCAGUACUUAUUAAUAAUGCUGUUAGAAGAUUACAACGUGAAAAUCGUGAUGAAAAAACAAGAAAUUAUGGCUUACCAAUUGUUAAUUAUCUUGAUGAUUCAUCAAAAGAAAAUAAUCUCAGUGGUAAUUUAAUGUUGGGCACUAUGGAUACAGAUAAUACUUCUAAAAAAAGAUUGGGUGAUGAAAUGCGUAUCAAUGAAAAUCCAAGUCCAAAACGUCAAAGGCACGAUGAUCUUGAUCUUCAAGAUGAUGUAUUCAGUGAUUUUUAUAUUAUACCAUCAACACCAUCAAGAUAUUUGUCCGAAUCACAAACCGAUCAUUCCCUAAAUAAUUAUCAUGAUAAUAGACUAGACAAUCGUACAUCAUCAUCAUCUUCAUCAUCAAGUUUAUUUACAACGACAAAUGACAUGGAUACACAAAUGACAAUUGGCAAUAGAUCAACUGAUCAAAUGAAUAAUCAUCUUAUGGAUGUUAAUGACCUUGGUUGUGAUAGAAUAUGUGAUUUUUCACGUUUUGCUGAUACAGCUAAAACACUUGAAGAACGUCUUGUUGAAUUACACUCACUUGAUGAACAUUUUGAUUUAACUAAAUUCGAAAGAAAUAAUAACCAAAGUUGUGGCAGAGCUUUUCAUGAUAUACAAACGUUCCACAAUCUUGUACCAGGUCUUGAAACUUAGAUUUAUUAAAUAAUAAUCAUUAUAUUAUAAAAAAUAUUGUUGUCGUCGUUGUUGUCGUUAACAAUUUAUUAUUAUUUUAUUUUUCUUUUUUUUAUUUUUAUUAUUUUCAAAAUAUUAGUCAAUUUUAUAUUAUUAUAUUAUAAAGAAAAAAGAAAUUUAUGGAAAAAAUUUAAAUAAUGCGUGAAAUAUUAUUAUACAACGAUAAAUUAUAUUGAGAUGACCCCUUUAUUCCAACGGUAUGAAGAAAAUAAUUGUUUGAAUAUAUUUGAUGAUGAUCAUGAGACUGGAUUUUUAAUAUUGAAAUUAAUUUAAAUCGAAAUAUAUGAAAUUGUCCAAUCGAUAUUUUUAUUUUUCAUCUUGGAUCUUGAUGAACAAGAGACAUCAUGAUGAAUUAAUUUUUUUAAAAGUAACAAAAACAAUUGACCAGGAGUAUAUACUUGAGUAUCGUCCAAGUGGAGGAUAGACUGCCUUAUAAAACAAAAAAAAAACAAACGGAAUUAAAUAAUAAUUUCUUUUAGUUAAUUGACUCACUCAUUCGACAUUAUUUUAACUAUUAUUAUUAUUAAAAAUAAACUCGGCAGCAAAUGGAAAUUCACAAAAAAAAAAACAGGUCACAUUAUAUAAAUUAAUUAUAUUAAAAUAAUUAAAUAAUUGACAAAAAAUACAAAUGAAUGUUUAAAUAACUCAUUGAUAUAUACAUAAUAAUUAAUAUACGCAUACCGUUUGUAUAUAUAGAUUUAUUUUAAGGGGACUUUUCAUUUUUUUUUCAACGAAAAUUUAAUAAUUUCAUAAACAAAGAAAAUAAUAAAAUUUAAAAAAUAAUCCAAUAAAUUGUUUUAGAAAAUAAACACACGCACUUGUAAAUAAAAUUUUAAAAAAAUUAAAAUAAAAAAAAACGAAAAAAAUAUAUAUAUUAUUAUGGGUCGCAAUUUGUCGAUAAACGGCAUUUAUAAUUAAAAAUAAUAAUAAUGAUUAUUUUUAUUUUGUUUUUUUUUUUUUUCGUUUAUUUGGUAUUGCGACAGGGCCUUAGUUAAUUUUACCAUUAAUUAUGUUAUUUUUAAUAAUGUUCCAUUAUUUUUAAUGAAUAAAUAAAAAAAUAAAUAAAAAAAAUAUAAAAAUAAAAAAAUAAAAAAAACACAAAUUUAAUGAUUUUCUAUUAUAAAUCAUAUAAAUAAAUAAAUAAAUAUAUUAAAAAAAUAAAUAAUAAUUAAAAAUGAGUAGCUAAGUAGAUGAUAAAUGUAUUUUAGCUGGCUCCCCCUCCCUUUGCCCCCCUUAAAUAUCUUACACUGUCUCUCCUGUUCUCUCCUAUUUUCUCCCUUCCUCCCCCCGUAUUUUACUCGGCUCUACGGUUGUUUUAUUUAUAUAUAAUUAUUAAUUAAUAAUUAUAUAUCAUUUAUUUUUAUUUUUUAACGAAAAAAAUAAUAAAAAUUAGGGGCCAUAUGUACUUGACGAUUAAGCUGAGUUAUUGUUGAACAAAAAAAAUUUUUUAAACAAAAGAAAAUUAAAAUAAAAUUUGUAUACAAAAAAAAAAAAAA